AUGCCUUCGGCCGCUGUGCUCGGGAAGAGGAAGCGGAGGCCGGCGCAGAAAGCCCAAGACGAGACAGAUGCAGCCGCGCUGGAGGAUGUGCAGGCCAUCUUCAGGAAGCACUUCGAGGCUCAGUUCGCGCCGCUAGACGACGAGGUCGAGGAGGGCACAAGCACGAAGGACGAAGAAGGGGAUGAGGACGGUAUAGAAGACAUGCGGUCAGACUCUUCCGGGUCUGGCGGGGACGACGACGACGUUGAUGAGUGGGGAGGUCUUUCUGGAGAGGACGACAGCGAAAGUGCCGAUAGCGACGGCGGCGACGACGAAGGUUCAGAAGCAAGCGACAACUCGCAAGCAGGCACGAGCAAAGUCGAGGUAGUCGACCACUCCAGACCGCUGGCAGUCUCGGCUCUCCACCCGUCCAACGCCAUCAUGUCCAAGCGCGAGAUGCGCGCCUUUCUAUCCUCCCGCCCACCCGAACCCGACCUCACAUCCAAGCCCAAAACAAAGCCCGGGGAUCAAGAAGACGACAACGACGACCCGCAAAACGAAGACUCCAAGACCCUCCUCGCAAAUGACCUGGCUCUCCAGCGGCUCAUCUCCGAGUCGCACAUCCUUUCCGCCUCCAACCCCUUCAACUCAGUCGGCUCUUCUGGCCUGGCCGGCGGCGGCGGCGUGGGGGGCAAGACCUUUACACAGGGCCGCACCCGCGCCCUCACCACCGACCUGCGGAUACAAAAGCUGGGCUCCAAGGAAAGCAUCUUUACGCAGCGCAAGAUGCCGAUGGGCAUGCGCAAGGGGAUCAACGCGGCCAAGGACUCAAAAGAGGCCAAGAGACGGCGCGAGGCCAAGGAGAACGGGAUUAUUCUUGAAAAGCCGGUUGACAAGGCCGGGAAGAAGAAGGGGAGGUCGAAGGGGAGAGGAGGUCUGGCUGUUGAUAUGCCGGGUAUGGGCAGGUUCAGCGGCGGAGAGCUGAAGCUGAGCAAGAGGGAAGUGAGGGCGGUAGAGAUGGAAGGCAAGAAACCCGAGUUUGGCAGGAAAAGAAGAAGGCGGAGAUGA